GGAUCAGCUGUGAUCUGCGUCUCGGGCCGAUGACGUCACUUCCAGGGAGGCAUGCCCAGGCCUGUUAGACACGCCCCCGUCCCCUGACUCCACCCCCAUGUCAAAACAGCGCCACAAAGUGAGACGCGCAGAAACGUGAAGCGCAAAGGGAAAACGAACCCUCUAAAUGGAGAUGGCGUAUUUCAAGAACAAUUUUUGGGGAGAGAAGAAUGCAGGUUUCGACGUUCUCUACCACAACAUGAAGCAUGGACAGAUCGCCGCCAAAGAGUUGGCCGAGUUCGUGCGCGAGAGGGCGGCCAUCGAGGAGACUUACUCAAAAUCCAUGAGCAAACUUGCUAAGAUUGCUAGCAAUGGAAGCCCUCUCGGCACGUUCGCCCCCAUGUGGGACGUGUUUCGCGUGUCCUCAGACAAACUGGCCCUCUGCCACCUGGAGCUCAUGAAGAAGAUGAACGACCUCAUCCGUGACAUCAACAAGUACAGUGAGGAGCAGGUCAAAAUUCACCGCAAGACGAAAGAGGAAGUGAUCGGUACUCUGGAGUCAGUGCAGUCUCUUCAGGUGCAGAACGGCCACCUGCAGAAGGCCAGAGAAGGCUAUCACAGCAAGUGUAUAGAGUUGGAGAGAUUGCGCAAAGAAGGAGUGCCUCAGAAAGAGCUGGAAAAGGCUGAAUUGAAAUCUAAGAAGGCAGCUGAGUCUUUUGCAGGAUCUAUUGAGAAGUUUAACCGUGCUGGAAGAGACUUUGAACAGAAAAUGAGUGAAUCGGCACAGAAAUUUCAGGACAUUGAGGAGGCUCAUUUACGUCAGAUGAAACUACUGAUCAAAGCGUAUUCACACUCCAUUGAAGACACGCAUGUACAGGUUGGGCAGGUCCAUGAGGAAUUCAAGCAGAACGUGGAGAACAUUGGCAUUGAAAACCUCAUUCAGAAGUUUACAGAGCAGAAGGGAACAGGGAAGGAGAGACCCGGUCCAGUAGGGUUCGAGGAAUAUCUGUCCCCACUAGUAUCUGAGAACAGUAAAAAGAGUCGUGCUAAAGCCUUCAGGAUCCCUGGACUGGGAAAGAAAGACAAGGAACCAGAUUCAACGGAGUCCGCUGUGGCAGAUGCACUUAACUCGCCCCUCGAAGUGGACGACGAGGGCUUUGUGAUACGUGCAGACGUCAACCAGAAUGGUUGUGCUGCUGAGGGGAAGGAGGGAAAUUUUUACUCCAGCGACUCGGAUUUCGAUGAUGAUGAGCCCAAGAAGUUUCACAUCAAGAUCCGACCGGUUGCCAGCAGUAACCGUAGCAACUCGGCAGCCAAUGAACUGGAGCUGAAGGCCACAGUGGGGGCGUUGACCCUGCCCCCUAACAGAGCGGUGUCAGUAAAGAAGCAGCUCUCCCGAAACUCCAGUUCAGCAGGUCGAUCUGAAGGGGAAGGGGAAAGUGUUCCCCAGAGAGAUGGAGAACAGGAGGGUCUGCGCAGAUCCACGUCUAGCCCAGAUCACAGCAGGCUGAGUUCCACAGCAUCCGUUUCGGACGCUCUGUUUGGACCUCCUCUGGAGUCGGCCUUUAAGUCCCACAGCUUUGCUGGCAGAGAGCAGCUCCAGAACACCUUUGCUGCGUCUGAAUAUGCAGCAUUCUCUUCUGAUUCAUCCUCUCCGGAGAAUGUGGAGGAUUCUGGACUGGAUUCGCCCUCCCAUCAGCCCCUUGGGGCUUCCCCGGAGCCCACCGGUUGGGCAGCCUGGCCAUCCACUCAGUCUCAAUCUAAAGACUCUGUAAACUUGAGCCGAUCGUCUGACCCCUUCCUCGCUGCGUUCUGUGACCCCUCACCCGGCCGAUCUCCUCUUCCGCAGGACGACGCCACAAAUGCCUGGCCUUCCAGUCUUCGUUCUCCACGUGCCCCAACCAACGUCGAGCCCACCACCUUCAGCUUCCCGGCCUUCUCCCACAGCCUGGCAUCUUCAGAACUGGAGCCCUCUGUGUGGAGCUGUAAACACAUUCCUCCAGAAGACCCCUUCCUAGAUGCUUUCGAACGCUCCGCCCCCAAAGACAAACUGCCUCCACCUGAUGCCUGGGCCCCGCCUCCCCCUCGGCCCACCAGGGACGGCAGGGGCAUGGAAGGCCGCACCGAUCCCUUUUCCAUCUCUCUGAAUGACACUAAAACCCUCCCUCCCCCAUCCUCCUCCCGCAAAGACCGAGACCGAAAGAGAGAACGUAGCGUCCCACCUCCAGAGUCCCCAGAUGAUCCUUUCGCUAUUACCAUGAUCGGUAGUCCAACGCACCAAUCGUCGCUGGCGGCGCAGGCAGCUGCACAAGGCAGAACCAGUAGUACUAGGCCGACGCCCAGUCCUAACCCCGCCCCCAGUUCUCAGCCGAAGAAAGAGCUGGUGCACUGGAACUCGGUGCAUAACCCUUUCAGUGAGGGUACUACAAAUAACUCUGUCACACAGGAGUCCACCAGAAAACAGAGAUCUUUUAACGACGAGCCUCGUAGGAACGGACCGCCACUCACACGGCAUUCUGGGCCACAGGAGGACCUCUGCUUCUCUACAGACAAGGACCAGAACUUCCUGGAUAUUAACACACAACCAGUCUCCCAGCAUGGUUUCAGGCAGGACAGCACUGAGCGUCUGGCAUUGGCUCCUCCUCGGUCUGUACGGUCCAAGCGCUCCUCAGGCAGACCCAGUGGCUGUGAGCGGUCUAGGUCCCUGUGCUCGUCUCCUCUGCCUGAGCCCAGUCCCCCCCUCACCUCCUCAUCCUCCUCCAGCCCCAGCGAAUGGGGGGUGCAGAACCGCGGUCCCAGCCCAGCCCGAGGUUUGUCUCGAGGGCCCAGUCCCAUUUCUCUGAGUACUCAGGAGUCUUGGCCUGUAGCCGCAGCCAUCACAGAGUACAUCAACGCCUACUUCAGAGGAGGAGAACACAACCGCUGUCUGGUUAAGAUCACCGGCGACCUCACUAUGUCCUUUCCUGCUGGCAUCAUUCGCAUUUUCACAGCCAACCCCAACGCACCAGUAUUAAGCUUCAGAUUGGUGAACAUCUCUCGAGUGGACCACUUCUUACCCAACCAGAAGUUACUCUACAGCGACCCGUCACAGAGUGACCCGAACACCAAGGAUUUCUGGUUCAACAUGCCGGCCUUGACACUUCACCUGCAGAGAGAGGCAGAGCUCAACCCGCAGGCCUCCUAUUACAAUGUGGCUCUGCUAAAAUACCAGGCGUCCUCUCAGGAUCCGGGGCGUGCGCCCCUCCUGCUGUCGGCCGAGUGUCAGCGCAGUGGAACAGUGACCCGUGUGUCUCUGGAUUAUCACUGCUGUCCCGCAACCGCCCCCGCCACCCAGCUGGCCUCCGUACAAGUGCUGCUGCCCCUCGAUCACACCGCCACCGACCUGCAGUGCCAGCCGCCCGCUUCCUGGAACACAGAGGAAAGACGACUCCUAUGGAAAUUGUCCAACCUCUCUCCAACAAAUCACAGCAAAGGGUCUGGCACGCUGUGCGCCAGUUGGCAGUGCCUGGAGGUGCCCCGCGGUCCUCCCCCGAGCCUGGCUGUGCAGUUUGUGGGAUCGGGGGCGUCUCUCUCAGGCCUGGAUGUGGAGCUGGUGGGCAGCCGCUACCGCAUGUCGCUGGUGAAGAAGAGGUUUGCCACAGGAAAAUACAUGGCUGGCUGUUCUUUGUGAGCAGACUGCUUCACUACCGCAGAGGCACAACGUAUGCACUUUUUAACCCCCCUGGGCUGCUGGAACUGUCCACGUGCUACAGGCCUGAAGAGGAGAGAUCAUAUUGUAUAUACAGCGUGAUGUGCGAAAUCGCUAAUACCCAUGAUGUACUGCUCUAGGACAAGUAUGCCGUGGAAUUAGGGACCACAACCAGCCUCUACUUUUAUUUGUAUAGAAUUGUUUGUUCAGUGCGCAAGCCACACAUUUAUUUCAAGUUUGAAGAACUGGCUGUACAUUUCUUUUCAUUUUUAGUGCAAAUUUGUGAAUGAGUAAGUAUGAAGAUAAAUAAUGGAUAUAAAGUUCUGAUAUUUACAGAAUGUAUGUAUGUUGAAUAUUCAAGAAAGGUUUAAUAUGAAAAA